AAGAAUCGUCUCUGCGCCGUGCUCCUGAUGGCUGCACGCUCGAUUUGUUUCCCAAACACCGAAGCCGACAUUCAGACUAUCAGCACUAAGCUCAUCAGCCAGGGCUUUGGGGCAUCGAGUUGUUCACACAUGCAAUGAGGUUGUCACGCUGGACAGCUCUUCUCUCUUUGAGUGUCUUGCCACAGGAAAUUGACGCAGCAGCCCCGGCUGGUGACCCAGUAUCGGCAGUCAUCUGUGCGCCUACAAACGGUACCACUAUCUGCAAUACGGUCUUCGAGUUCAGUCCGACAACCAUAUGUACACCUAUCAACGGUAUUACUACGUGCAGUACGGUCUUCCAGUCUACGUCGACAGCGACAAGCUCAUCAACUAGUCCCGCCGUGACUACUCCAACCAGUGCCCCAAACUCCUCUAGCUCGCCAACGACUUCAAUCAUUACCAGCAGUGUUUCAAGUCCCACCGCUACUGGUACCACAGCCUCCGUCAGUAGUCAGACUUCCAGCUCUCCGUAUGCAAAUGCUACACAACCUACCACCUCUGGGACUUCGAAAGCAGCAAAAUCGGAAAAUCAUCGUUUGCCCGGCGGUACUGUCGCUGGAAUAGCAAUAGCCUGUUCCAUUGGUGCCGCUCUUCUCGCAGCUGGCGCCGUUUUCUUCGUCAUGAAGGACACUGUGCGCAAAAGGCGUGGUAGCAACACAGAGUUCUAUCCUCUAGCACCCACCUCUGCAAGGUCGCGGAGUCGGAAGAACGGAGGAGUCCAUUCGAAGGAUGGGAGACAGCUCGAAGUAUCAGCUCAAGAGGUCAGUGUUGAGAAUGCUCUGGAGCAGCCAAAAGACGACGGUACAGUCAAGCAGUCGAUCGCGUCCUUGUUUAAAGCCAUCGAGGACCAUGUGGACAAUUUCUACCUCGACAAACCUGUCAAGAAUAUCUCCGAGCCGGCACAACAGAACAAUCGCCAGCAGGAUUUGCCUACUGGCAUCAAGUCCCAGACUGAUAUCGAUUUUGCCUCCGUGCUCUCUGAUCCUCUCUCAAGGUCUUCUGCUAUUGUUGGCCUCAUCUGUGCCGAGCUUCUUGAUGCGAUGGAUUUCUUUGGCACACCAGAAAGAUCUUUAUUGCCUGAGAUAGUGGCCAACUUCCUCCACGGCUCAGCUGCGAGAGGUCAAGACAACCAACGAAGCCGUCUCUACCUUUCAAGGUGGAGGACCGGCACUGCAUAUCUUCUUGGAGCCUCAGAGUCACCCCAAGACAAAGAGCACAGGUUGAAAGUCACUGGGGUUCUCGUUGCUGAGCUGGACGCCAUUAUUCGGCCGUAUUGCAAACCCCAGCUUGACAACGAGAGGCGAGACCACCUCCUCAAGCUCUGCAAGCGAGCUCAUGAACUAGGGCUUCUGCUCCUGUCUCAGCCAGCCGAGUGGCGAUUCUACUGGGGCCAGAAGUCGCGUCGACCUGAGCAGCAAAGUCAAAGACCAGAGAGGGGCAGGAGAGAACCCUUGGUGGUUCAGCCGCAAGUCUGCAGACUCACGGACAACAUGGCUCGUUUGUUAGACCGACCACUAGUGAUUUUGGAGCGCCACGUCCUGCAUUAGACAUUGGAUGCCAAGAAGGGCCAUGUUGGGAUGUCUGAUCACUGCAUAUGGUACUCUUGCUCUGAAGGCUCGCCUGUUGGCUGGAAAAGAUGUGCUCGUUUUUCCUUCAGUGGUGGCAUGACCAGGGUUUUGUGUCAAGGCUGGUCAGGGUAACAUUUGACUU